UUUGGAAAUGGCGAAAUUAUAGUGGUCCGCGAUACACAGUAUCCUCACCCCCUUCCUAUAUAAACAUAUGCAUUCUUCAUCUUCUCCGUUAAUUAGCCCUAGCUUUUACUCGAAAAAUUACUCGAAUUAGCAUCAACACAGCUGCAAUGGAGUUUUGGGCUGCUGAGGUCAAAGCUGGAGAAUCUUUCAAGGUGAAAAUUGAUGAAAAUAAGGCGUUGCAUCUCUCACAGGCUUGUAUUGGUGAUGUCGAGAAGGACAUUCCUGUGUCCAUUUGUCUCUAUGUGAAAGUCGAUGAGAAAAAGCUUGCCCUUGGAACACUUAACUCUAAAAAGUUAUUUCAGCAGAGCUUUGACUUGGUGUUUGAUAAGACAUUCGAGAUAUCCCACAACUGGAAAAAUGGAAGUAUAUUCUUCCUUGGAUAUACAGCUGAUAAUGAAAAAUCUGAUCGAGCUUCAGAUGUGGAUGAUUCUGAUGCUGAAUCGGAUGAAGAUAUCCCAGUUAUUGCUGCAAAUGGAGGACCACCUACUGAAGUUAAGCAAGAGCACGUGAAGGCUAGUGCUGAUAAGAAUUCCGCUGCAGAUAAACAAAAGGAUAAAGAAAAGGCGAAGAUUGUAGAACCCAGAAAAGCUGCGAGUUCAGAUACUACUGAUGACUCUAGUGAAGAUGAUGAAACUUCAAGUGAGGAUGACCCGAAGGUUAGUGUUAAGAAAGAUUCUGCUGCUGGAAAACAGAAGGCGAAUAUUGUAGAACCCACAAAAGAUGUGAGUUCAGAUGAUACUGAUGACUCUAGUGAUGAUGAUGAAACUUCAAGUGAGGAUGACACGAAGGUUAGUGCUGAGAAGGUUUCUGCUGCUGGGAAACAGAAGGCGAAGAUUGUAGAUCCUAAAAAUGAUGCCGACUCCGGUGAUGAUGAUGCAAUGUCUGAGGAUUAUUCAGAGGAAGCUGAUGAGUCAGAUGAAGAUAGUGACAGUGAUGAGGAUGAAGAGACACCAGUGCAAGUUAAAUCUAGCAAGAAAAGAGCUCUGACGCCUGCUAAAAAAGCUCUCCCCGAAAAGAAAGCUAAAUUGAUUACUCCUCCAAAAACUGAUGGCAAGAAGAGCAGUGUCCAUGUGGCUACACCCUAUCCUUCAAAACAGACUGGAAAAACUCCUGCUAAUAAGCUGAACCAGCAGACUCCCAAGACUGACGGGUCUCAUACUUGCAACUCCUGUAAGAGGACAUUCAAAUCGGAGGUUGCUCUGGAAUCUCACAACAAAGCAAAACAUACUGGUGGAAAGUAAAUAGGAUGCGAACAUUGAUUUUUGGUGAUGUACUUUAGAAUUGCGAUGAACUAGGUAUAUGGUAGGCUUUUGGUUGUUUGUGGUGAAGUAGUUUGUUUCCUUGUCUCUUCAAGUUGUUUUCAAUUGGAUGCUGUGCCUCUGUAACUGAAGAAACUUGGAGGGUAUGGAAUUUGAAAGACUAUGUUUGAUGUU